AGGCCAAAGACCAAAGCCUCAAUGACUGUGAUACUUUCAACCAAGCGUCACCUGUACUCAAAAAGUGGCAACAAAGAAUUUACAUCAAUGAACCUCAAGGAGAGAAGAUUGUUUUAAAGAAUGUUCUCUCAGUCCACAAGGAGAAGAAGUCGAUAGAUACAAAACCAUGGUUAAGAUGGUCUCCAAAAUUGUAACAGAAAGAUGAUUUAAUUUGUAUAAUUCCUGCAAUAUUCGCGGUUGCUCUGGCUGUGGUUUCUCAAUUUCUUUACAGUGUCAUAUGUUAAGAGAUUGAAUCCUAGCAUUUGAAAGAAAAAAGAAGUGUUGUGGAUUUUGUUUCUAAUCUUAAGAAGAAUUUUCUUAGGUAUGUUAGGGGAAAAUGUGAAAUGAUAAUUUAAUUUUGUAGAAAUGUAAACCAUGUUUGAAAUUGUUCCUUUUAUAUAGCAUAGUUGUAUUCAUUUUAAUUGCAUUUGAUUUGAGUUGUUGUUAUCAUCUACAGGCAUAAACAUUUACCUCUUGAUUUUCAAAUUUAAUUUUUUAAAUCUUGAAAUUGCAGAAACACAUCCUUUGAGACACUUCUCACACUGGUGGUUCCACUACCUUUGGGCAGAGUUUGAAACUUGUUGAGCAUUAUUUCAGAUUGUGUUAAUUUAUUUUUAAUAAAAUAGUAGUGAAAGGUUUCUUCCCAACUCUCUGCUAAAAUGAUUUCAGUAUAUAAUUUAAUUUUGUAAUUUAUACAAGAGUAUCAUCAUUUUGCUAGCCAUUUAUGAACAAUUUGUUUGAGCAUGCAAUAAUCUUAGGUAUGAAACUUUUUGUUAUUACAAUUGUGAAUGUAGGAAAUAUGACAGAAGAAUAUUGAAAUAUUAUCAGCAUAAGAGUGGGUACAAUUUUAACUAUUGAAGUAACAUUUCUCUGCAAGAGAAAAAAGAAUAGUGUGAUGUGCUUGUUUAUAUUUGUGUAAAAUGAAGGUUAGUCCUUCUAACACUAUUUACAGGUUUGUCAUUUAGUGUUUAUAUUUAUUAAUUAGUGAGCAUUAGAACAUGCUGAGAGUUUUUAGAUAAUUCAUUGAAAGACUUGAGAUAUAUCUUUCACAUAAUGUUUCUUACUAUAAAUGACUAAUUUCAACUAUGAAUCUUUUUUCGUUUUUCACUUGUUCAAAUACAUACGUGUUAGAAAGAAAUUAUUUUAUUUUUAAUUUAUUGAGUGAAAUUGACAAAUCCAUACUAAUUGUUCUUCUAUGGUUUGUGAUUGUCCUUGGUUUCACUGUUUAUUUGUCAUUGGCUAUGAGGACUAUAGUGAUAUAAAAUUAAUAGUUCAUUUCAAAAAGUAGUCAAGAACAAAUUUUGCCCAAUUUCAGAAGAAGAAAAAACGAAUGUAAUGUAUCAGGAUAAUUGUGUGUUUUGGUUUUAAUUUUUUGCCCAAAGUAGUAUAUAUUUCAAUUUUUAUUGAAAAAACAAUUACAUAGUAUAUCCUUUUAGAAUAAUAUUUCUUCAUUACCUCAUUUUUUGGUUCUUUGGUUUCUGAAAUAAACAUUUCAAAGGAAAAUGUUAGAAGAAUGUUUUUUGAGAAAACCUAUUGAAAGUGAAAAAAAGCUUGGUAAUUUGUCUGUAUCCUUUGUGCAUUUGACUUAACAAUUUUAUGACAAUUUUUUCAAAUAAUGUUAUUGAAAAUUGUUUCCCAUAAGGGAUUUUCAGUGUAACGUUACAUAUAAAGUAUUACAAUAAUACAAAAAAUAGUUAACAUAGACAUUUAGGAAUAUUUCUCUCAAUGUGUUUUAAGCUUUAUAAACACAUUAAUUGUUAUAAGUAAUUUCAUCUUAAUAUGUAAGAGAAAGGUGGCAACAUAUAUUCUUUAGUUAAGAAGAUUCUCUGGUAUUUUCUUUUUUGGACAAUGGUUUGAGAAUUGUCAAUAUUAAGGAAGCAUGAAGAUGAUAAGGGAAGUAGGUAUAUUGUUUAGAAAAAUGGUGUUGAACAUAUCUAUUUAAAUUUGUACUUCAAAAUUUUAGAUCAAUGCCUCCAUUAUUUAUAAUUGGCUAAUGUGACCAAAAUGCUUUAAAAACAUUGCUUUUUCUCUCUUGAAGUUUAUACUUAAAUUGUAAAUUUUUGUUUUAAUAGAAAAGACAGUAUGUGAAUAAUUAUAAUUAGAUUAUAGCAGGUUACAUUACUCACUUGCUGCAAAGUUUUCAGGAGACAUGUUUGAAAUUUCAAGUUCAUGAAGAGCAGUGGUUAACUGCUCUCGUGUAUUGAAUCUGUUAAACAGCAAUAUGCUAGUAUACCAUAAGAAAAUCCUAUUUCUUCUCACUAAUAAUUCAUUUCUGCCAAAUUUUUAGUAAUGCCAUUGUUGCAGCAAACAAGCAAUUUUCAAAUCACUUUUCAUUUUUUUAAUGGGAACAAACUAGACAAAUAGUUUAUUAUCAUUUUGUGUAAUAUGUACUGUAUCAAAUCAAUAAAGUGAUGCAGUUUUCAAGGUGUUUUAAAAUCAGCUCUUGUGAUAAAAUUUGUAUUUCAUUUUUAAAGAGAUAUAUUGUUGCAAUUGUGUUAUUGUUUACUUUAAUAAAAGUUUUGAAAUGAAGAUAUUUAAUUUAAAAACUAUUUCUUUAUAUUGCUCCAAGAUUGUUGGUAUUAUUAUUUUUUAAAAUAAAUAAUUAUUUUUUAUGCAUUUUCAAGUAGAAAAAUAAUGUAAGAUUUUAAUUUUUGUUACCUCUGAAAAGUUCAGUCUAUAAAUGAGUUGUAUACAUUCAUUGUUUAUUAUGUGUGCUUGACAAAAGAGAUCUAUAUGUCCUGCAUCCCAGUUAUGCUUUGAAGUUGAAUGAGUUUUGCACACAAUCAAGGACAGUUUUUUUUGGCAAGUUGCUAAUAUCUCUGAAAUAUUACUGAAGAGGCAAAUUUGAUUGUUGAUGUAUGCCUUUUAUUAUUGGUUGUGUUUAAUAUGAAAAUUUGGUAGCAGUCCAGCUGAGUGUUUGGGGGUUUAUUGAUAUCUUGAAUGAAUACAAUGGAAAAAUCCCAAUUCCAAUGUGUUUUAUUUCAGAGAAUUUAGGUAGUGUAAUAUUUCACUAGAGAAAUAUGUUGGUUUGUGUUCAUGAGUGUUUUGUUGUUAGUGCAAUUCUUAUAUAUACAGUUAAGCGAACUUUUUUUGUUCAGAAUGUGUGGCACAGCAGAGGUACUUUUUCUCUGCAUAUUGAACAACAAUUCUCUUGAUCAUAGUUUGCCUAUGUUUAUGUUACAGCCAUAAUUCUAGAUCCAUGUUCUCAAAUACAAUGAGAAAUGUGUGCUGAUUUUCUUUUUAUGAUCAUGCCUGACCAUUUAUCUUGAAAUGAUUUGUGCAAUUAAGUUUUCUUCUGAGAGUGAUCGAAAAUUAAAGAAAGAGCGUACUACUGCAUGGUUAUCUCAUAUUUGCACAACUAUGUCAUGAAUAUACAGAAAAAUAAUUUUAAAGAGGUUUAAGUUGUAGUUAAGUUUUAUCUUAAACAAGGUCUGCAAUGUAGAGAAGCAAUUAACUGUCAUAAAUUAUUUGCAAUCUCAUGUCAUAAAAAUACUAUUUUCUUGUUAUAAAUUUUCAAUAAUUUGGAACUACAGGGAGUAGGUUUUAUUCCCAUUCAGAUUUUUUUGUAAAUGCAAGUCUAAAUCUGGAAAUAGUAGGUUCACAAAAAUUAUGAAUGAAUGCUAUAAUAAAUUGCAAAGUGAGUUCUGUGAAACUAAUGUAGACAUUUUCUUAAAAAGAAAAUGUAGCAAACAUAUUUGGAAAUCAUAUAUUUUUGUAACAUUAGGUUCUUUAUUUUCAAUUUAACAAUAUGUAUGUCAGAAUGAAGGGAAAUGUUUGUAUGAAAUGUAUAAAUGUAGAGUUCUUCUUAGACAUAUUUUCCAUUAGAACUUGUCAUGAGGUAAAUGCAAUAAAAUAUUCAGAGGAAAAAAUUUCUUUAAUUUGUAUACAGUAAUAUUUUCCUACUCAAAAACUUGUUUAAUAGCAAUUUUUAAUUUGAAAUACAACAUAAUUAUUAAUUAUUUCUGAUGUUUGUUCUUCUCCAUAAAUGAACAGGAAUCAGAAAGGAGUGAAGUUGAAAAGGUUUUUUAAGAGAAAAAGGUCUUUAUUUAUGAUACAGUUUACUGGAAUUGUAUUUGUGGUUCAUAUUCAUGUUCACUUCAAUGUAACUUCUGUAUGUACUGGGUUCUGAUUUUUCUUGGACAAAUUGUAAACAUGUAAUAUAAAGUUGAAAUGUAC